AUGAGUCCCAAACACGUCGUCUUCAAGAAAGUGUCCCACGACAAGUCGGUGGCUGUAUACAUGGCCAACAGAGACUUUGUGGAUCACUGCGGUUACGUGGAUCCAGUCGACGGGGUGGUGGUAAUCGACCCGGUGCAGCUCAAAGGAAAGAAAGUGUACGUGAUGCUGUCGUGUACGUUUCGUUAUGGCCGCCAGGACAUGGAUGUGAUGGGUGUGGCCUUCAGGAGAGACCUGUUCGUGGUGACCCGGCAGGUGUACCCUGAGCUGCAGGACAGAGACAAGCUGACACACACCAAGAUCCAGCAGAAGCUGGUGCGCAAGCUGGGGGACAACGCCUUCCCCUUCUUCUUCGAG